AUGUCGCAAGGGCCCACUACUACUCGAGGGGCAUCUUUCAACUACGACGACUUGAGCUCUUCCCCCGAUCCUCUCGCAUUUGAUGAUGACAAUAUUUCGGUUAAUGGCAACUUGACCUCCGCAAGUGCGCGCUCACCAACCAAGAAACGCAACCAGAGGAGAGUUUCAAAAACACCCGCCGCGUCGGGAACCAUUAUUCCAUCUUCCCCCUUUCGAGCCGUGGCCGAGCAGAACCUCAGUCCAUGGAAAAUCAGAGUUACAAUUGAGGCGGAAGAAGAAGGAGAAGAAGGUUUCAACAUGGAGGCAACAACAACGGCAGGGCGCAGAGUGACCAGAACAAUGCAGAUACCAUUGCGACAAGAGUCGCCGGCCAGCGACAGAGAAGUUGGAACUGCGCGCGGAAGGAGAUCGCGAUCGCAAGAAAGUCCCAGCAAAACCAAGAGAAGCGGCACGCCAGUGACAAGUCCCAGAAAAGGCGCAGGCGUCAGGAAGCAGAGACAGAGCGUGACGGAUCUGAAUAUACGGCCGCUAGGCGACGACGCGGAUGAGGACGACUGGUUACGGCAAAAGAAAUCACCGCGCAAGAAGAAGACAACAACCCGAGCUCGGAAGAGUAUCUCUGGCGCUGAGGUAGCGACGCAAACGUCCUCUUCUUCCUCACAAACAGGAAGUCUUGACUUUCAAAUCCACGCCGAAAGCAAUGAAAGUGCCUCUCACCAAGGUCGAGAGAAUACAGAUAGUGUGUCACCUGAACUCCGCGAUAUUGACUUGAACAAAGUCUCAGUUCGGGCUCGAGCACUGUCAACAAGAUCGACAGCAGACGGUGAGAACCACGAUCCGCAGAACAGCGGUGAUCAACUGGAUGUUCCUACAAUGCGAAAGGGAAAGGGGUUGGACCUGCGAAAAGUAUCCGUUAACAGCGCGAAGAGCUAUCCUACUCCCUCCCCGACCUCGUCCUACCGUGGAGAUUCCGACGACAUCGGCGGAAAUCCAGUUGAUGAUGAUGAGGCGAGUAGCCACGAUCAAGAUCCUCAUAAUGAAGGCUUCGACACCAUUCUAGAGAGCGAGGGGUUCACGAUGAUCGACUUGGAUACCCUUCCAUCUGCGAAACAAUAUGGUUUCAGCAGUCCCGCAGUAGUAGAGGGCAAUCAUCAAUCGAAUGGCGCUCCAGAAUCAUCCACGGCCGCGGCCAAUGCUUCAAAUCAAGAACUUGAACAACAUCCAUCCCAACCGGAGGAGGCGAUAUCGUAUCCCGCUUUGAAUGCCGACGAGAGCGACCUAUCCAGUACUGUUCCCUCGUCGCCGCCGUCAGCCGCGGCAGCACAUGUGCAAGAGAAAAGUAUCCUACGAGUGCAAUCGGAUAUCGCUCGCAAAGUUACACCACAACCAUACUCAUCUCCUAAGCUUCCUUCUCCACCUAGACAAGAUGCUCGAGGAGUUCCGCACCAUCGACAUCGUGGCUCCGUCUCUGCUCUCGCUGCGGGGAUUGCAUUACAGGGAGUGGUGACACCGAAACAUAAACAUUCCGACAGCGCCAGCGCGGUCACUGUGCAAGACAAACAGAGUUGUUCGUCAUCGUCCCGUGAAUCCCAGCAAAAGGAUGAGCAUGGUUUAUUCCAAGGUUUUGACUGUGGCACACAGCGCGAAUUGCGAGCAGGCCUUCGAUUCGGCGAGGAACUUGCCAGACGUCAAUCUCAAUUUCAUUCCCCAGCUGCCAGUGGACCAGAGACAGAGACAGCUUCUUCUACCCAUGUCUCGAAGCAGGAGGAACGACAUAAAAUAGUGGGCUUGGGAAUCAGCAAGUCUGAAUAUUCAUCACAUACCAAUAAUGGCAACCCCAGCCAUAAUCAGGCCACAGCAACUCAAGUCUGGCGAGGCGAGAAUUUGGUCCAACGGACUCCUCCUGUCCAUGUCGUACCGGCUGGUAAACCGACCGAAACAAAACAGUCGCAGGCACAGUCACCUCCGCGCACUCCGCAAAAUCAAGAAUCAAGCUACAUCGACCCCCCCAGAUACCCGGAUACCCAGGAUCGGGAACGUGAACGUGAGUAUCAGUUGGAGAGAGACGCGAUAAUAAGAGAGAUCGAAAACGCGAGUGCAAGUCAGGUCAUUGUGAUUGACAGUGAUAGUGAUGAAGAAGAAGAAGGGGCAAAUGCCCAGAGAUCUGGAUCCGACGCGAAUGUUCCUGUUGAUGAGAAUGCAAAUUCUUACCAUGAAGAUGAUGACGACGAGGAUAUCUGGCUUGCGGAAGCAAAGCACUCGUCUAGUCCAGGGCCGGAAGCGGAAUUGCAUCGACCAAGUGAAAGCGAGAUUUUGGCUACGUCGAAGCAGGAUGAGGUUAAGGUAUCCCGACAGGCCAAAGAAGUUGUCAAGCGGCCACGUCGAAGUCUGAUCCCAAGUCCUUGGAAGCGAGGAGACGACAUUGAGAAUCCACAUGAGAACAAUAACAGCACCUUUCUAUCGACAGCAACAGAGGACAUGAGUGGGCUACUGUUCUAUAAGGGCGGGGAAAAUAAUGGUCUUUUCGGUGCCGGGGAGAUUAAACGACUUCAACAACAGCGUCAACGACGGGGUAGUGGCAAAUUCGACAUUGAUCUCAUGGCCGGGACACCGAAGAAGGAAGCACAUGCUGUUGUCAAAGAGCCUCGCUUUCGCAGUGACAGAAGACAUGUGGAUGUGGCAGCACAAGUCGACCGUACUGACGAAAGUCAAUCGUCAGAAAGCGAUGGGUCCGAAGCCGGUCAGCAUGUUGGCGACGAAGAGACCUUGGAUGAAGUGGGAGUAGACUCGGAAACUCAACCAGAGGCAGAGGAAGAAGCAGAAGCAGAGGCGGAAGAAGAAGAGCCUUCGUCCUCCGUUUCUUUGGUUUCUUCGCCUUCAGCAGCACCGCUGGUCAAGAAAAUCCCCGUCAUAUUCAACGACUCGUCACUCUCAGUAUCUCCCGGUGGUGAUAACGACGGCAACGGUAAAAGUAACAGUCUCCAGCAGCGACAACGGCAACGGCCAUCUUCCAGCCAACGCGUCGACAGUCAAUCCCUCUCUCCUCCGGACAAGAACACAACCACGAGCACAAACACAUACUCAUAUCCAUCUCCUCAAAGACCAGCUACGCCCCGAUCAGCGCUAAAAGGGUCCCGUCAAAGCUUCGCAGCCGAGUGUCGUGAGCGCGAAGCAGGAAAUCAUACACCCACCCUCGUGCCGUCGCGUCGGGUCGUCUUUAGUGAGAGAUCCCGCGGGGUGGAUGUGGAUGGGUUGGAGAGCAGUUUUAGUAUGAAGUCUUCUUCUUCGAGGACCGAUGGGUCUGGACUGGUGUUCCAGGCGGAAGAGCAGCACUCGGAGUCGCAAUUGUUGAGUUUUGUUUCGACUUCGUCUGGCAAUAGUACUACGGCUGGGGAGUUGGAUGGGCAGUUGAAUGGGGAGUUGCGGGUGCAAGUGCAAAUGCAAGGGGAAGCUCAGGCACCGUUGCAGACUCAAAAUGGACGUGGAAGUCUGGACAACGAUAAGUUGCAUUGCCUGGAUGACAUGGGAAGGAAGAAGAGUGAAUCUCAAGGUGUUUCUGCGGCGGCUUCGGUCUCUGAGUCUGAUGAGUUAAAGUCUGCUUUUAUAAGCAAGAAAGGUUGGACCAGUUGGCUCUGGAAAGGUAAAGAACAUGACCCGGCGUCAGAAAGAGCAACGGCAACAGCAACAGCAACAGGAACUUUACAGUCCGGUCGGACAUCGAGUUUUGGUACUGCACGUCACGACGAAAGAGCGUACUAUGCAUAUGAGAACGAAGAUGACGACGGUGAGGACGACGAAAACGAUGAAAGCCAGGACUCAAGGUCUGGGUCGUCUGGAUGGCAGAAAACGAAAUCCUCCAUUGCGUCGUCCUCGUUGUCAUCCACCACCUCUUUGAAGCAGCAUGCGCAAGCAAAUGCAGCGAAUGCAUCGAAGCGAGCACUGCCAGCAGAGACUCGGACAGCCGAAGCAACGACCAAGUCGAGACAAUCAAAAACACAAUCGCGACAACUUGACCAGACCAAGUACGAAUAUCAAUCACAACCACACUCUUACUCACAAUCUCACCGUCAGCAUCAGCACCAGCGUGAACGUGAGCGUGAGCAUCAGCAUGACCAUCAGCAUCAGCGUCAGAACCAACAUCAACCUCAACGUCCAGAUGUUGAGGAAGUCAUCAACAAUACCUCAACAACAACUCGAUCUACCAGCAGAGGAUCAGGAUCCAAUCUCAAUCUACCCUCCUACCUCCUCCCACCAUCCUAUCCAUCCGACCCGCACCGAUCCCCAUCUACUCCUUUGAGUCUCAGCGGUGAAUUCACAAACUCCCAUUUCCGCACUCUACACAUCAUCUACCGCAAGUCUCUGCGUCCCAAGUUUCAUGCGCCGGCUGUGCAAGAUAUUCGUCCGGAGAUUAUGGCCUUGUUGGGUACGGAGAUGGAGGUUGAUGAGACGGACUAUCUCCCCAACGGUGGUGCGAGCACGAGUGUGCUCUCCGAAAAAAGUACCCUGGACGAAGUAUUCGUUUGGAAAAUCGGCGAGGUCGAAUGUGCCGUUUUGGAACGGUUCAUGCAAGAGUGUGAGUUUAGUCAGGGGAUUUGGAAGGGGAGACCAAGAAGACUCGGUGAUGAUGAUGAGAAAUAUGGUUCUCGCUGGGGUUGGAGUGUUGAUCAGCUUGCGACUUGGUUGUGUCGCAUUGUGGUUGGGGAGGUGGUUCGAGAUGAGGAGAGGAAAGCAAGGGAGAAUGCGAAACGAAAGUGA